AUGGCCACGGGAGAGCGUAAGGCGGGGAAGGGUAUGCAGUUCCUGUUCGGUGGCCUCAGUGGCAUGCUCGCCACCUGCGUCGUCCAGCCCCUCGACCUGGUCAAAACNCGGACCGUUCUCGCUUUCGGCAUCUCCCGAUCGCCGCUUUACCGAUUGAUUCCUGCUCAACGCCACUGGCGGCUUUCGGCUGGCCUGCUGAGGCAAGCGACCUACACGACUGCCCGGCUGGGCAUGUACUCCAUCAUCAACGACUGGCUCGUCGCCCGCAACAACGGCAACGCGGCCAUCCCCUUCUACCAGAAACUGGUGGCGGGCAUGAUGGCGGGCGGGUUCGGUGCCGUGAUCGGCACGCCGGCCGAGGUGGCCCUCAUCCGCAUGACGUCGGACGGCCGAUUGCCGCCGGAGCAGAGGCGAGGCUACAAGAACGUGUUCGACGCACUCCUCCGCAUCUGUCGCGAGGAGGGCGUGCUCGCCAUGUGGCGCGGAUGCACGCCGACGGUGGCGAGGGCGAUGAUCCUCAACGCGGCCCAGCUGGGCACGUACACGCAGGCCAAGCAGGUGCUCAUGAAGAAUCUGCCCCUCCAGGACAACGUCUACACCCACUUCCUCGCCAGGCACGACUGCGACAUCACCAACCACCAUGCCACCAUGUCAUCCUCCCCGCUCACUCUGCUUGUCUCUUUGGCGUCGGGUUUCUUGGCUACGGCGGUGUCGAUACCUGUUGAUAUCACCAAGACGCGCAUCCAGACCAUGAAGACCAUCAACGGUGUGCCCGAAUACUCAGGCGUGAUGGACGUCUUGUCCAAGAUCGUCAAGACCGAGGGCGUCACCGCCCUGUGGAAGGGUUUCACGCCAUACUUCUUGCGGCUGGGUCCUCACACGGUGCUGACAUUCAUCGCCUUGGAGCAGAUGAACGCAGCAUACAACCGGUUCGCCAUGUAG